AUAUACGCCAGUAAGAAUCCGCAUUGUCCGGGGAUAUCAACGAGGACGGAACGACGUAUUUGACAUGCGGUGGCCCUGAGUGUGAUUUUCUUACCGGCUUCAACCAGCCAAACAACACAACAUUCCAAUAUUGCCCAGACAUUCAAAUCCACCCUCGACUGUUCAACAACGCUUAAUCGCCUCUUUGUAUAAAUCGCCUCUGCAAACAACAUCGUCGUCAUUUUUAUGCAAAUAUCCGUCCGACACUCAUCGACUAUUUCGUUCGUCAAUACGAUUCAAUUUAUUCGCAAACGCUGCGAGUUCAAUCGUCAUAAAUCAUCGAAAAAUAUUUUCAUCUCCUCGAUACUCUCGUUGGAUAACUGACCUUCUCGCAAGGGACAAUCGCUCCGGGGGUUCUACAAUCAGUGCAUUUUAUAUACAAGUGUCUUGACUUCGCACCUACGAACAUGUUGCAGGCUCAUCUCGAGGACUAUCUUGGAUGGCCGUAUUUGGGGGGAGCCGCUGGCGCAUUGGUACUGACCGGGGUAGCGGCUUACUUCGCGACGAAGCCAACCCCGGAAAUUCCGCUGAUGCCACUUGACUGUCAAUCGAGGUUACUUCCGGGUGCGGAGCUCAUCAGAGUCUCGAAAUUCUACAAGGACAGCAAAGAGGGAAGAUUCAUUAGUUAUUUACACGAGGACGUGAGGACACUCUACGACGCUUUUCGCAGAGGUGCCAAAGAGUCUAAUAAUGGACAAUGCCUUGGCUGGAGAGACGGGCCCACCAAGCCCUACCAGUGGCUCCACUACAACGAGGCCUUAUUGAGGGCGAAGAAUCUCGGAUCAGGUCUGAUAUCUUGCGGCCUCAGUCCUGGACCACAAACCCUCGUCGGUUUAUACAGUCAAAAUUGUCCGGAAUGGAUACUAACGGAGCAAGCUUGCUACUGUUAUUCGCUGGUCGUCGUGCCACUCUACGACACCCUUGGACCAGACGCAUGUGCCUACAUCAUAAACCAGGCUGAAAUCAGCCUCGUUAUAUGCGAAGAUGACAAAAAGUGUAAUCUUUUGCUCGACAAGGCACCGAGAUGCCUGAGAAAGUUGAUCGUCGUAAAAGAGACGAGGCCUGCAACUAACCAACGUGCGAAGAACCGAGGCGUAGAAUUAUUGAGGUUCGAGGACGUCGAACGUCUCGGAUCCCAGAGGAAUCAUCCGGAAGUGCCACCGAGGCCAUCGGAUCUAUGCACAGUUUGUUAUACCUCUGGAACGACGGGGAAUCCAAAGGGCGUGAUGCUCACCCAUCAGAACGUGAUGGCUGCUGUUUCCGCAGUCAUACUCCAGCUGGGGGAUCACAAGCUCACCGCACGUGACGUUAUGAUAAGCUUUUUACCACUGGCGCACAUGCUCGAGAGAUGCUGCGAGAACGGCAUAUACAUGGUCGGCGGAUCGGUCGGAUUUUAUAGCGGUGACAUAAAAACUCUUGCGGACGACAUGAAAGCCCUGAAGCCAACCGUUAUGCCAGCUGUCCCGAGGCUUCUCAAUCGCAUCUAUGACAAAGUCCACGCAGAACUUCAAAGCUCCUUCCUCAAGAGGAUGCUCUUCAACAUGGGCAUGAGAUCAAAAGAGGCCGAGAUAAAAAAAAGCAUCGUCCGAACGAACAGCAUAUGGGACAAAAUCGUGUUCAAAAAAAUUCAAGAAUCCAUGGGCGGAAGACUGAGAUUGAUGGUCGUCGGAUCCGCACCUUUGGCUGGCAACGUUCUCACCUUCGCCAGAUGCGCUUUGGGCUGCCUCAUCGUCGAAGGUUAUGGACAAACCGAGUGCUGCGCACCCAUCACUCUCACCGUUCAGGGCGACCACGUUCCGGAGCACGUGGGACCACCGGUCGCUUGUUGCUGUGUCAAAUUGGUCGACGUACCGGAAAUGGAGUACUUUGCGCGGGGCAAUCAAGGCGAGGUUUGCGUCAAAGGGACUAACGUCUUUGUCGGAUAUUUCAAAAAUCCGGAAAAAACUGCCGAAGUCGUUGACGAGCUGGGAUGGCAUCACACCGGCGACAUCGGGAUGUGGCUUCCGAACGGUUGCCUCAAAAUAAUCGAUCGAAAGAAACAUAUCUUCAAGCUCUCCCAAGGCGAGUACAUAGUUCCGGAAAAAAUUGAAAAUAUUUACAUAAGAAGUCAAUACGUACACCAAGUAUUCGUGCACGGUGAAUCCCUCAAAUCGUGCGUCGUCGCGAUCGUCGUGCCGGACGUCGACGUCGUCAAAUGUUGGGCGCUCGAGAACAAAAUUCCUGGUACUUUGAGCGUAUUGUGCGCGAAUCCAGAAGUCAAGAGGCUCAUCCACGACGACAUGCUUUCCUGGGGCAAGGAAGCUGGUCUCAAGUCUUUCGAGCAGGUUAAAGACAUUUAUCUGCAUCCCGAUCCGUUCUCCGUACAAAACGGUUUGUUGACGCCAACGUUGAAGACGAAACGGCCACAGCUGAAAGCGUAUUUCAAACCGCAGAUCGAAGAUCUGUACCAGCAUCUCGACUGACGGAAAUUCAUCGAGAAAGAAUCUUUCGAAUUAUCGAAUGAAACAUCUGAAACGACGAUGAACGAGAGCGCCGAAAUAAAUCGAAUUAGUAAAUAUUCCUCGAUAAAUUUGUUAAACGAUAUUAUUAUUCACGAAUUAUGUAACGAACGACUUAAGCGCCGUUUACACGAACACGAGAUACGCUGUCCUUAAUCUCUCUCCUUAUAACGAUAAUUUUAUUAUUCUUAUUCUUAUUAUUAUUAUUAUUAUUGUUGUUGAUAUUAUGUUAUAAUGAUUGGUUGAUUGAUUAAUGAAUGAAUUAAUAAUUAUAUAUCAUUUUCACUCGUACACAAUAGUCGCGCAGAGCAAAAAAUGAAACACUGAAUGAAGCUACGAUAUAAUAAAUAAGGUAAUUGAUACACAACACAUAUUUACAAACAUUUAUAUUCAUAUAUAUAAAUUAAGAUAUUUAUAUAUAUGUAUAUAAGUAUGAAUAUUAUACAUAAAAUAAAACCGAGUUAUUGUUA